CUAUCAUUCCCGACCAAUUAUCUUCUUUUCUUUAAAUCGGCCACAGAAAAGAAAACCCUAGCUAGUUUUCCCACAUCGCCGGUCCAGAAAAUAUGUCUUCCCCUUCCGACCCUGGCUCCGACUCCGACUAUGAUUCCGACUCCGGCUCCAGCUCCGGAUCCGGCUCAGAGGUUGAUAUGCGCCCUCCUUCACCUCGUCCUUGCGAGAACAAGAACUACUACGACCUCACCUGCGAACGCUGCCGUGAACUGGAGCGUAUCGAGCCGGUCAUCGAGGACGGCGACGAGGAGAGGUAUUUAUUUGAAUGUGAACGCGUCGGCGACGGAGAGUUCGGCGACGACGAAGGCAUAAAGCAACGGGUCAUCAUGUAUCGGAAGUCGUUGGCGAAAUCCGGCGGGUUUGAUGCUGACUGCCCUCCAUAUUAUCUAACCCGCAACGUAUUUCUCUUCGCCCGACAGCAUUUUGAUGAUUGGGAUAUUUUCGAUAUCAAAGUUCACGAGGCUGUUGAACAUGUGAUCGAUACAUAUAACCGGGAGAAGGGCAAGAGUUUGAAGUACGGGAAAACCUUGAACGUAACUGCAUCUCAGUAUAUGUUGUUUACCCUCUAUAUAACUUUUGAGUGCUUCAAUCCGCCGGAAGAUCCUUCUUUUGAGAAGUACCAAGCUGUGGUUUCCUGUGAUAUGAUUGACAAUAGUGUUGAUGAUAAGAAGAAGAUUCUCAUCUUCAGGAAGGAAUCAACCGGGAUGGAUUUGCUAGAUCCUGACAUGCCAACUGCUCGUUACAUAGAAAUUUUGAAAGCGAGAGCUAGAGGUGGGAAAAGAAAGUCUGAACGUGAUGACGGAGUGGAGGGUUGAGUGAUGAUGAGAAUGUGGUCACACACGCUGCUUGUUGUGUUGUUUAUUUGAAGAAUUCCAUCUGUUCAGAUCUGAUGUUGAACUCUGAACUAGAGACAUCGCCUAUAUAUGUAUGUCAUGGCAUUGAUCAUAAUUUUGCCCAAAAAGUGGAGGUCUGCUAGCUAAGUCCUAUCUUUAAUCUUUGCUCUGUAGUAGUUUUGUUUAAACGGUUGUCGAGACAUGGCAGCUGUGUAUGUGUUUAAUCUGGACAAUUGUUUGUGAGUGAUGAUGUUGUGUGGUAAAAAUGGUUCUAUAUCCGUACUCUCUCUUCUGCUGAAGAAUUUGUGUGUUAUGGGUCUGUCUGGGCUAGGCUAGGCUAGGCGUGUGCAGUGCAGCCAAGCCAAUAGGAAUGG